AUUCAACUUCCCAGUAUAUACGUUUAGGGUUCUCUCAUUGUACAACUAUUGCUUUCAUCUCCAUUGCUCCUAUCUCAGGGUUUUCGUAGAUUAUAUAAUCGACACCUUUGCUGCAGUGAUCCUUGAGCUCUAAUUCUGGUUGGAAGAACGGGAAAUGGGAAAAGUGCAACAGGAAAUAACAUCCUUAAAAUAAAGAACAGGUUCGAAUCAAAGUGCAGUUUAUUUGGAGUAACAAACUACUUCUGAAUUGAAGGCUACUGUAAUGGAAAAUGGCCAAAUGACAUUACUUGUUAGGGUUUUUUCUGGUAGGGUUUAUAUUUCAUGUCUAUAGAUUCAGAUUACAGAGUUAUUAUGAAUGUGAUCAAUCUAACUUUUGUGAUUAGUUUUGUUCUUCAUUUAGUUUUAUAUGAUUUGAGAUUGGCAGGACUUUUUGAUUCUUCGGUUGAUUAUGAAACUAUUAGGAAGGAGAUUGUCAGGUGUAUCAAGAUGGUCGUCGAUGGUAUUCAUGCGAUUCUUCUUGUAUACUCAGUUUGCCAUCGCUUUUCUGAUGAGGAAAAGGCUGCAAUAAGUGUCUUGCAAGAUUUGUUUGGGAAAAAGAUUUGUGAUUACAUGAUAGUUGUUUUCACUUGUGGUGAUGAACUAGAGCUAGACUACAAGACCUUGGAAGAUUUCAUAUGUAAAUGUCCACAAGCUUUGAAGACUGCUCGGUUGAAGUUUGAAAGAAAUGUCGAAACUGCAAUAAAGAAAGUAGAGGGCGGUGUAGAUCGGUUGAGGGAAGAGUUGAAGGAAGCCAAGACUAUGGAGGAGAAAUGGAAGCAAUCUUCGAGUAGCUGUGUUAUCCUCUGAUUUCUCUCGAUGAACACAUAUUGAACGGGGUAAAUUUUUUGAUGCACUGAUUAUGUAGUUUUUGGAACUGGGAUUGUUAACACC